GAUGUCGUAUUAAGACCGAGGGAGAAAACCAUUUUCUGUUACCUUUCCCGUUCAACUAAGGCUCAUUCUUCCUAUCUCAGAAAAUGGAGUUGCGGAGAGGGAGACCGAGAUGGGGAGGGGGAAUAUACUUGUUGGCUUUGUUGAUUGUAAGCUCUAUUGGACGAAUUUCGGGUCUAUCGGUGACUGUGACCGACACGGAGUGCGUCCAGGAUUACGUCCUAUAUGAAGGCGACACCGUCUCCGGGAACUUUGUGGUGGUCGACCACGACAUCUUCUGGAACAGCGAUCAUCCAGGAAUCGAUUUCACCGUGACAUCUCCAGCAGGCAAUGUUGUGCAGACUUUCAAGGGGACAUCCGGGGACAAGUUUGAGUUUAAGGCACCACGAAGUGGGAUGUACAAAUUCUGCUUUCAUAACCCGUAUUCAACUCCAGAGUCAGUCUCCUUUUACAUCCAUGUGGGUCAUAUUCCCAGCGAGCAUGACCUUGCAAAAGAUGAGCAUUUGGACCCAAUUAAUGUUAAAAUUGCUACAUUGAGAGAGGCAUUGGAGUCUGUUACAGCAGAGCAGAAGUAUUUGAAAGCUCGUGAUGCUCGGCAUCGUCACACAAAUGAGAGCACAAGAAAGCGCGUCAUAGGUUACACUGUUGCGGAGUACUUUUUGCUGGGCGCUGCAAGUGCACUUCAAGUCAUAUACAUACGUCGCCUUUUCAGCAAGUCUGUUGCAUACAACCGGGUUUGAGACAACUGAUUAAUGUUACUAGAUGUUCUUAAGCAACAGGGAUAAUUCAAUUAGUUGAGGUUGGCAGGAAGUAAAUUAUGCAACAGAACAGUAUGCUCUCAUGUACAAUUGUUUAUUUUACACAUUACUAGGGCACAAUGUUUUACCGAAUGGCUGUGUUACAGUCUUAUCUUUUUCAGUCAUGACUGUGCGAGGCAAACAUCAUAUUCUGAUUAUUUCAAUGAACUUGAAAUGGAUAGCAAAUUUGGAUACAGAAAA